CUCUUCUGCCCCUCUGCAAAUCGAAAGCGAGAUCAAGCACGGACUUCUCUAAUCUCUAAUCAAUCUCUCUGCUUCCUUUUUCUAAUCGUUAUCGUGAUCUCUGAUCUGCUAUCGCCAUCCAUGUCCAAGCCAUGCGUAAGCAAAUUCAUUUAUACCUGGGACCUCAUCACCUGACACCGCCAUUCAUUUCUCCACCACCACUUCCUUCCCGUUUUGACCUCAACAAACAGUUUCUUUCUUCUUCCUCCAUUACUGCGAGCUUUGUUGGACAUGGAGUUUUGGUGUUAAGAGAGAGCAAGCACCAGUGAACCAUAUCUACUUCUCCCUCCUGUGUUCCUAUCCUAUCGAUGGCGGAAAGGAGUCUCCUUUCUGCACCUCCUCCUCCUCCUCCUCCUUCUCCUUCUCUAGUAGAUUUUGGGAACAGGAUCACCCCCAGCAUCCUAUUGAUCAUAGUAAUCCUGGCCAUCAUCUUCUUCGUCUCUGGUCUCCUUCACCUGCUCAUGAGGUACUUCCUCCGGCCCAGCAACAGGGACCCGGAGACAAUGGGGCAUGCCACGACCUUCCAGGGGGAGCUACAGCAGCUGUUUCAUCUCCACGACGCCGGGGUCGACCAAGCCUUCAUCGACGCCCUCCCCGUGUUCCAGUACAAGUCCAUCGCCGGCGUCAAGGACCCCUUCGACUGCGCCGUCUGCCUUUGCGAGUUCGAGGGCGACGACAAGCUCCGGCUGCUCCCCAAGUGCAGCCACGCGUUCCACACCCAGUGCAUUGACACCUGGCUCCUGUCCCACUCCACUUGUCCGCUGUGCAGGGCGAGCCUCCUUUAUGAUUUGUCGCCUAGCCACAGCGGCAGCUCCAUGGCGGUUGUUCUUGAAGUCGGCGGGGAGAACAGCUCCCGAGAGAUCGGUUUUGGUUCCCAGAGAAGGGAAUCCGAGUCAAUUGACGAUGAAAUAUCAGCGAAGGAGGAGGAGAUCGAUGUGGCUGUUAAACUUGGGAAAUUUAGAAGCGUGGAGAUCGGUGGAAGUGAGGCGCAAGGCAGCAGCAGCGGUGAAGUGAACCAAAGGCGGUGCUUUUCCAUGGGGGCGUACGAGUACGUUAUGGAGGACAGGUCCGUUCUUAGGGUUUCCAUCAAGCCGGUGAAGAACACGGCGAGCUUCAAGAAGCCCGGGCAACGAAUCGCCAGGUCGGAGUGCGACGGCAACUCCAGAAGAGAAGGGUUUAAUGAGUUCAAUGCGGCGAGAAGCUCAAGAUGCGAUGAACGGAAUGCCCACAAGUUGUUGGAUGGCUUGCCUAAAAAAGAGAGCUUCUCGGUGUCUAAGAUUUGGCUGCGGCAGGGGAAGGAGGACGUGGAAACAAGGAGGGCAGUGUCGUUUAGAUUGCCUGUGAUUCAAAGUGGAAAAACAGACCUUAAGCUGAAGCAGAGCAGCAGUCCAUUCGCCGCCACGGCUCAGCUCAAUGGUUCUAAGUGGCGCAGUGAGAACGUGAGUGAACUGGAACUGGAAUUGGAAUCAGACGCGGAGGAGGUUGGCGGCUUCGAUGGAGCAGUGUCAAGGGUGGAUGAAACACCUUCAUUUGCGAGAAGAACUCUUCUCUGGAUUACAGGGAGGCAGAACAAGAUAGAAAAUUGCGUUUGAUAUGAUUCAUAUUUCGGUUCUUGAUCUGGUUCUUUGAAUUGCUGCAUCUAGAAAAAAAAAAAAAAAGGUGUAAAGAUGGUCAUCAAACAUAGAUCAAUUUGUUUAUGGUUCCUUCA